UAUCAACCGUGACGCUGACUUACACACAUGCCAGUUUGGCUGUUCAUUAGCCAUCAUUUACCAUUGUAGCAGCUUCUGGGUCCUGGAAUGGAUGAAUGUAGAUCAUCACACCAUGACUUCCAGCCCCUUUCACAUACCGUUAUUCAAGUACUGCCACCAUUCAUGUUAUCAUAGGACUUUGUCGUGUUUGUCGUUUAUUGCUGAAGCACUGCUGUAGACCUUUCACUUCUGUAGCGACUUCUUCUCCAUUCUAAACAAGCCAGCAUGAAGCGCCGAGGAUGGCAUAUCUUACCCCAUGGUCAGAAUGCCGCCCUCACACCGCAGUUGCAACCUCUCUCACCUGCGGCUGUGUGCAAAUUCCGUUACCCGCUACAUUUUCUUGCUCUCUUUCCAACUCACCUCUUCCGACCUCGACCCCUCAACCCAAGUCCGGCCAACUUCCACUCCUUCCCUUAACCGAUUGGUUGUCCAUCGCGAACAAACAUGGCAGCUGCAGCAACGAACGCAAUGCCGGACGCCAAUCGCUUGACUAGAGACACCAUUACACAAAUCGAGGACGUGGUCACUUCCGCACCUGCCAAUGACAUCGCCACAGAUCACCCUGAUGGCACAUCGAUCCGCCGACAGGUCGAGUUCUAUUUCUCCGACGAGAACUUGGCCACCGAUCUUCACCUUCUCCAGUGUUGUGGCGGGCGCGAGAAUCUCCCCGUGUCGAUCAGUCGCAUAUGCGGCUUCAAGAAGAUGAGGGGCUACAAGCCUCGCAGUCUCGUCAUCGCAGCUCUCCGCAAGAGUGCGUUUCUCCAAGUGUCUACCGAUGGAAAGACCAUCAAACGCAAAGUCCCCCUCCAAGGCAAGUGCGCACUGGACGCGGACUUUGGUGACGACGAUGAGAUUGUGUAUGACCCGCGCGUGCGCAAGCCUGCCGUAUACCCAGUUCCGUUACUCCCUCAGAAAAAGGUAGAGUAUCCGCCAGGCACAAGCAAGAACAUGAUGAAGCCCCAUGGAUUCGAGGACAACUUUGUGGAGCCGCCUCUCAGGCCGGAGGAAGCUGCUGAGGAAGACAUCUUGUACGACCCCGACAAGCCUUUCUUGGAGCGUAUCGAGAUCGCCAUCCAACGGUUCAAGCAGAAACGACGCAUGCACGAGAUGUUUGCUCAUGUUUUCAACAAGCUGAUGCGGUUCGGAGGUGUCGAGUCUGGUGUGCGUAUGUACCAAGGAAUAUCGAAGAACGACAUGAAGGACAUGGAUGCGGAAGAGAUCGCGAGAGCCCUUGCUAUUCACAGCGUACCCUGGGAUCGCGGCGACGAACAGCAAUGGGUCGUGGAUUUUGUCGGCAUUGGUGCAGCCUUCCUCUCGUCGUUCUAUCCAACGCACUAUGGCUACGCUCCGCAUGCAAUCAAGAACGCCUGUCAAGUCCUCCGCUCCUUCUAUAACUAUCUUCUCUAUCACAAAGUCUGCUCCGAAUAUGACGAACAGCUUCAGAUUGCGCGUAAGCUUUGUGAUACCGCCGAACAAGAGCUUCCCAAGGUGUACUCGGCUGGCCUUGCGUUACCCGGAGAUUUUAACAAAUCUGCGAGCGUCAUCUUUGGCGGAUCACAAGCAGGAUUGUACACUGGCGACAAGUCAUGGGCGGCAGAUCUAAAGAAGGAUGGCAUAAAGCUUGACGAGAUUGGCAUUCGUGACGAAGAAGCGAGGAUCAAGUUCAAGAUAGGAGUUGCAGUCGUAGCUUCUGACGAACAGUACGCCUUGAUGGAGUCUGGCCAGCUUAAGAUCGUUAAAGAUGAGUCUACCGGUCUCGAAGUUGUCGCCAUCCAAGCUCCUGAUGAUCUUGUCAAAUCAGCCUACAAAGAACAGAGCGAACAACUCAAACACAAACUGGGUCAGCUCGAGCCCCUUGGAAAGCUCAUAUGCAAGACCUGGGUUGCUGAGGACUGCGAUGAGUGGGACCUACCCAAGGAUAAAUAUCCUGACGGUAAGCCUCAUAGGGUCAGUGAAGCUAAGCAGUACGAGUUCUGGGUUGAAGAGAGCGUGCUUGGUAAGUGCUUCGUAAGCAUGAAGAUGGACGCCAGGGUCCUCACACUUGCUGGUGGCAUGAUGAUCCUCGACGAGGUCAGGGAGACGAUGUGUAGUUUCUUCGCUUGGACUCCGAAUGAGUUGUGGAUGGAGAGAAAGCCGAAGGAGGUGAGGUGGUUGAAGAAGGGCCUGGGACUGGAUGACGAUGAGGAAGAAGCGGAAGUCGACGGAGGGAGGAGGAAGGAUAGGGAUAGGGCUGGAAACGAUGAGUUUGAUGAUGAGUAGGGGUGAUGGUGCAACGUUUCAAGGCGACGAAACCGUGGUCAAGAUACUUAUCCGAUGUCUUCUGUUGCAGAUGAUAUCGGAUGUCUUUCAGCGUCAAGCUUGAUGAUCACUGCAUUUUAACUCCAUAGAGACAAAGUUAAACUGCAAGUUCUCCUCCAUAGUUUACAUCGCAGAUCAGGGGUGCGCUUACCCUAGUAUGGCUUAGUGCCCGAAAGCAAUGAGAUCCAC